AUGAGACCCGCCACGGAUGGUCGCAAGUUUGCCUUCGAUCCGUUUCUGAAGGAAGAAUAUCGAUACAAACUGGAUCCCAAACGGCCGAUAUGUCGGUUCUAUGCUAUUUCUAGCUGUCCAAGAGGCCGGUAUUGUCCAGACAGGCAUGCGUUGCCAGCAUAUUCAAACAAAGUCGUUUGCCGGCAUUGGCUCAAGGGACUCUGUAAAAAGGGAGACCAUUGCGAAUUUCUACACGAGUACAAUAUUAGAAAGCUACCGGAGUGCUCAACUUACGUCAAGACCGGUAGCUGCCCAUUAAUUCCAGACUGUCCCUAUGCGCACGUCGAUCCAGAGAGUAAAGUUCCCCUUUGUACAGCUUAUGAGCGAGGCUUCUGCAGGCAGGGCCCCACCUGUCAAAAGCGGCACCUACUGCGAGUGAUGUGCCCCAAUUAUUUAACAGGAUUCUGUCCUGAUGGACCGUUGUGUCAACUUGGCCAUCCCCGUUUUGUCCAGAUUGACGACACCAUGCGAAUCGCAUUGGAUCCGGCUGCAAAACCGCAGUGGCAAAUCGAGCGUGAAGCUCAGACCUCAACUGUUGCUACAAGUUUGUAA